AUGUACAACAGCAACGACGAUGAGGAGGAGAACUACUCGAGGAAUAGAAGAAGCAACUCAUCAGAUAGUGGGAACGGAGACGAAAAUGGGAUGCUAAACGAUCCGAUAAAUACGUACAACCAUUACAAUAACUUUAAUCGGUUUCAUGAACAGAAUAUGCAGGCAUGCAAAAUUGAUGAAAUUUAUGUAGACGAUAGUUAUGAUGAAAAUGGUAGUUACGUCCAGAAAGGAGAGAAUCUAUCCGACAAAAACCAUUUUGAAAUAAGUAAAAAUGUAAAUUUUGAUGGACCAUACAGUCAUAAAAAUCUGAGGGAGGUUACAGAAAAUGAAGUCGAGUUAGUUGUGGACAAUUUUUUCGAUCGAAUUAGAAGCAAUGAAGAUGUGUACUCUGAAUGGAAAGUAUGUCCCAAUUUUAUUUUUAGGCUUUUAUUUAUUGCAAAGUCCAGGUCCAAUAAUUAUAUGUACCCAGUGGCAUCAUCUUUCAUUGAAGCCAUCGCAAAGGAUGACUGGGUUCCUGAUUGGGGAUUCAGUACUGUUCAGUAUUAUAUAAUUUUAAUAAACUUAGCGGAUUACAGAAAAUCCUAUUACAAAAUAGAUCACUUUAGUUUUUCUCAUUUGAAUACUGAUCGAGGUUGGCACAAUUUUGUGCCCUUUGAAAAAUUAAGGGAGCCAGGAUUUAUCAACGAAAAUGGACAAAUUGUGUUAAGGGCUGGCGUUUUCCCUCUGGGUUCAGAAUCUUUUAAAAAUAGCAGAGAUAUAAACUAUGAUAGCAAAUCCAGGACAGGAUUUGUUGGUCUCCAAAAUCAUGGAGCCACUUGCUAUAUGAAUGCUCUGCUUCAACUCCUAUACCAUAUUAACAUUUUUCGUAAAGCUGUUUGUAUGAUGAUUUUUAACAUAGAGAAUAUUAUUGGGGAGAAAACCUUAGAAUUUUUUAAGAAAAAAUUUGAAAAAAAAAAACGGAGGAAAAAGUUGUGCCUCAAUGGUGACACCGCCAAGAUGACUGUUGAAGGUGAACAGGUGGACUCCAAGAAAGCCAUGAACCGAAAGAAGAAAAAGACAAAGUUUGAACGUGUAGAGAGUUCCGAUUCGGAGCAGUACAAGGGUACUUCCCCCAUGAGGAUGGUGCCCUACACGCCUAGCGACAACAAUGGGGAGGAAGGCAAUCCUUAUGGGGACCAACACAAACGGGAUGGGGUUCAUCACGAUAUGCGAAUGCAAGGUGGACAUUUUGGAGGAUCGGAAAACAUUUCAAACCCUGAUGAAUCAGAGUUGUACAAAAUGGAAAAGCAUAAUGACAAGAACAGAGUAAAGAAUGACAUGAAGAAUGAGGACCUGGGGAUGAGGCAUCUAAGGAGCGAUGACAACGAUAAUAGAAGCAAUACCAGUGGUCACCUUAGACAUUCGAAGGAAGAGCCCUUGGGGGCACCGCAUAAUGCAGCCUUAGCGGAUGGGUCCCCCUUCAGUGGAUCCCCUCUGAUGGAACGCCCAUAUGACCACCUGCAUCAGCUGCAAGCGGAUAAAGUAGAAAAUGUCAAAGAGAAAAAAACUAUUAGCGAAUAUCAGCAGAUGUACGCCCCGCAUGAGGAGGUAAACAACAACGAAGGGGAAGGGUAUCGACGUAGCAAGGUUGUAAAUAUUGGUCGAAUCAACAGCAACGACAUUUCCAAAAUUCCAAACAUUCCUGGCGUUGGGGGCAAUGAGUACGAAAUAAAGAACAAUAAAAAGCAUGCCUAUGUGCACAAUUCGUCGUCUGAUCCCUCCAUAGAUACAGGAGGAGUGCAAAACAAUAUUAGCAACAACGAUAGCGGUGAGGUAUACUACGAUAAUUCCUUGUAUAAAAGCGAAGGAUAUAACAACGAAAUGGUGAUGACAGGGAAUUGUAAGAAGAACAAAAAAAAAGGCAUGGUCUACGAAUCAAAGAAGAAUUUAAAAAAAAAAAAAAAAAUUUUCAAAUAUGGAAAUGAGCGAAAAGUGGAAGAGGCUGAAAAUAACGAUCAUGUCAUGUCUCCCUUUAGCUCCUCCGAUAACAUGUCCAACAUUUCGACCCUGUCCAAGGAGAAGAAGAAAAAGAAGUUCGCUUCUAACAACAAUUUUCAUUUAACGAGAAGUGAUAGCGUGAAGAAAGAAAAUGACAGCUCAGUGAAUAAUGCUGUGGGUUAUUCGGAGGGGGAAGAAGGCCCUGUGCCGCGUAAUGGAGAAUCAUCGCCCUCGGGUAGUCUUCAUUGCUCGGGUGCCAAAGGUGACGGCAACGUGUAUGGUAGCGCCGAGGAUAACUAUUGUACAGAUGAUCAGCAAGAUGAGACCCAUGGUGCCCUGCGGGGAGAGGAGGAUGGAUCCUACUCAGACAGCGACAUGUCAGUCCUGUCAAUCACCUCCUCCGGAUCGUCGUCCUACGUGUCCUGCUCUUCGACCUCCUCGUCUUACUACCAUAAAAAAAAGAGAAAGACAAAAUAUGAUAAGUCGAAAGAAAUAGAUUACAAAAAUAUCCUCCUGGAGGAAGAAAAUGAAAAGAAAAAUAUCCUUCCAACAUCCUUGGCGUUACAAAAUUUAUUUUACAAAUUGCAUUGCAUGAAUGAUGCAGUGUCGUGUAAAGAGUUGAUCAGAUCCUUUGGAUGGGACGCAAGUGAUGUAUUCACACAACAGGACACACAUGAGUUGCUAAAGUUGUUACUAGACAAGGUGGAAGAACAAAUGAAAGGAACGGUAGUCGAAGGAUCAGUGAAAAAAAUGUUUGAAGGAGAAGUAGAGACUUAUAUAGAAUGUCUAGACAUAGAUUACAAAAGUGUGAGAAAAGAGACAUACGAAGAUAUUCAGCUGGACGUACAAGGAUGUAACAACAUUUAUGAAUCCCUUGAUAAAGCAAUCGAGGCAGAGGUUCUAGAAGGAGAUAAUAUUUACGAAACGGAUGGGUAUGGAAAACAGAAAGCAAAAAAAGGGAUGAGAUUUUUGAGCUUCCCAAAUAUUUGUAUAUUUCUCCUGAAAAGAUUCACAUUCGAUUUGCAAAGAAUGGAAACGGUUAAGCUGAAUAAUCGGUUCGAAUUUUACAAAGAAUUAGAUCUGUCUAAAUAUUGUAAAAAUGGAGGGGAAUAUGUCCUACAAGCGGUGUCAGUGCACCAAGGAAAUAUGAACAGUGGACACUACUAUUCCUUCAGUUAUAAGCAUAAUGAAAAUUUCUGGUUGAAAUGUGAUGAUGAUAAAAUAUUUCGCGUGAGUGAGUACUCAGUGAUUAACGACAACUUCGGUGGAUACGACAUCAACAUGGAGACUGACCUGUACGAUUUUGACAUCGCUGAUAAAAUUAAGCAGAGGAUGAAACACUAUAGCGCCUAUAUGCUCGUCUAUGUAAAGAAAUCACUCAUCCCGAAACUUAUUAAGGAGUGCGACCCUGCGGUAGUGAACCCACAGGUUGUUAAAAGAUGUAGGAUGGAAGAAAUUAUCAACAGAAGGAGAACGAAACUGAAACAAGAAAUAUUACAAUAUGUAAAAAUUAGAGUCUUCGACAAGUACUCUUAUCUAUACAAGUCGUUCAGUGACCUACCGCCAGUUGGCAUUCCGUCUCUCUUCAACAUUAAAUUUGAUAGGAAUAAAACCGUUUUGGAAACCUUCUCUAAAAUUCUGAAAAUCAUAAAGAAGAUUUACCUCUGCAAGAGGAAGAAGCGCGCGGAUUAUCUGUUGCACCAGUCAAAGAAGGCUAAAAUGGAGAAGGUGGAAAAGCCCCCCCCCAGCUUGAGGGACAAUCGCCCCGUGGGGGACCAAUCCAGGUCCAUGUUACUCAAAUCGGAAUCCCCCGGAGAAGGUGGAGACCCAUACCGUCAAGCUCUCCUGGGCAAGCAUGUCGAGGGAGAGAGAAUUUCAAAAGGAGAACGUGACAAAGCGGGAGCUACAUCCAGCCGGAACGAUCGCGAAAGUAGCGAUGGAAAUGGACGCAGCCGAUCUGAACACGGAAUAUCACGGGAGAAAAAAAGGCACGAAAAGAAGUGGAACGAGUGCAUUCAGGAGAAGGGUGCUCGAAGGGAUGGGUCGAAAAAGGGAGUAAGCAAGAGCGGUUUUAGCGCAGAGUGUACUACCCCAGAGGAGGGAUCCCUCGACCUAAAUGACGCGUGUGACAAGUCCUCUGAGGAGCUUCCUUCGCAGAGCUGUCCUUCGGAUGGUUCAAUUUCUACCGUAUCUUCAGUUCCCUCAUGCUGCAGCACAAAGUCGAUAGAUAAAUACCUUAAAUAUUUAUCCAGGAAGAAGAAUGAAAGAUCGAAGAGGAGAUCGUCCAACGUGAAUAAAUCUAGAAUGAAAAGUUUCUCUUCGUCAAACAAUUCGUCUUAUUAUUCUUCCUCCUAUUUGUCCCACUCAGGGGAAGAGGACUCUUACUCCUCUGCCUCUUCCUCGUCAUCGAAUGGUUAUGUAAAGGAGAAGAAAUGUUUCUACGUGUUACUUCCCACGAAUGAUGUGUACCGCUACUUCCCCCUUGAUAUGAAGGUCAACAGUCAACUGUAUCUCUACGAACUUCUAAAAAAAACGAACAAAGAAUCCAACGAUCUAUUCCCAACCAUAGACAUAUUAUAUUUGCCCUAUAACAAAAAAACAUCUAUUCGAAAAAGUAAUUCGAGUACAAAAAAUAAGAACGUUUUAUUUUUUUUUAAAUAUUUUGAUAUCUACGCAGAAGAAAAAAUUGGUGAUACGGCCCUUAUCUGUCUGGACAUCAUGUACUGCGAUGUGUACCUCAAGCCCAAGGAGUUAGAAUCAGUAAUUAUCCAAAAAAUAUUAAAGGCAAUGAAAAAGGGUUACAUUACCAACUAUAAUUAUGAGCUCUGGAGGAAUUACCUGAAUGAAGAGGAAGAAUACUACUAUGUAGACGACCCUCUGAAUUUUAAAAUUUUCAUUGAAUAUAAAAAUAAGUGUAACUUAAUAAAGUCAAAAAAAAUUAUCGCUCAUAAUAAAAUGGUUCCGGGGGACAUCCUAAUCUUUAACUUCUUGAGUAACGCAGAAUUGGAAAAGAAAAAAAAUUUUAUCCUCCGCUUGGGCACAAGGAAGGAGGAUCUUUUUCUCACAGAAGAGAAUCAAAUCACCUAUGAUCUGUUUUUUAAUGCAGACGUAUUCAGUAAAAUUUUGUACAGGAAAAAAAAACUCAUUGAAAAAAUGCAGAACUGUUGUUACAUUGUUAGUAAUAAAAAUGGAGUUUACUACAAGGUGCCUUCAGUGGGGUCUGAUUCCGGUGACUGUGCCUUCCCACCCGUGAUAGGAACAGGAGUUUCGAACCCGCAUGGGGGCUCUGAUGAACAUUCCAAAAAGGACCUUCUCAAUGAUGAAUAUUUUUUGAUUGGAUCCAAUUCCAAUCUGAGAAAAAAGAAGACGAAAAAGGAGACGGAAUCUGAAGUGCCAGUCCAGGUGGAUGCUAAUCUCGACUUUGCCACUCCAAACCGUAUGCAGCAGGAAAAUUACUUCGCCUACGCAGAGGAUCAGAAUGAUGGAAAGAUUUUUCGACGUAGCGAGGAGACAGAAAAGGAGAACUCAGGAAAGAUUCAAGUAGCAUCUGACAGAACGGAAGGCACCCCCCAAUUGGGUCAAUCUGAGGCAGAUAGGGAGAAGGACCAAAAUGACAAAAGUUUGAAUUACUAUCGUUCAUUGGAGAAUCCUGUGCAGGGAGUACACCGAUCCCUCUAUACACAGCACACAGAUGAUGGAAAGCACGCACACCGUGCAGAUCCCCCCCUUCCGCUGAACAUGGACGAAAUAAAGGACAACACACAGGUAAUGGACGAAAACAUGGAUGAUGUUGAAAACGCAAACUUCAAUGCACUAAAUAUGACGAAAGAAAAUCUGAACAGCCAAGAAGUGAUGAAUCUGUACCUCUGUCUGAAAAAGUUAAGUACCAAAUUUGAAAAGAACGGAAUGAACUAUGACUACUGCUUGUUAAGUAAAAACAUGUUGAUGUCCGUGAAGGAAGCUUCUCUUAACAACAAAAAACUAAUUUUUAAAAGGAAGAAGAAACACCCACCUAAUAUUUAUAACAAUGAGUGUGUAAAUAUUUGUAGGGAUUAUCAGUACCCAUUCUACUCUCCUCCCACUUCGGAUCUCUCCACGGAUGAUGAAAAAAGAGUGCCUCAGAAAGGUAGUAUACAAAAGGAAGAAGCCAAAAAGAAGAAGAAAAAAAAAAACUGCGACGAAGCAGUGAUGAAGGGUUCCUUACAAAAAUUAAAUUGCACCAAUGGAUAUGCUGAAAACGGAAUAGCCAACUUGACGAUUAACACAGGUAAAAACGAUGAGGGUGAAGCAAACGAAUUGCUGUAUAAAUGCACCUCCAAUAGUAACACCGCGUUAGGGGAAAGAAUAACAAAGGGGAAAAACACCUCAGCAAUCAGCAACAGUGAUCUUAGGAACGAUUAUCGAUAUAAUAGCAAUUUGCGAGUACCCAGCGUCAACUUUAAUUCUUCCAACGAGAAUAACAUUUCAAACGAUUUAAUCGCCAGGAACGAUUCCGAAAUAUCGUUUUGCUCCUCGGCUAACUCCGAUCUGACGUACACAUCGGAGAGCACGGCCUACUACAUGUUCAACGCGGAGGAGUCAUUAGAAUCUGUGUACACAAACGAAAUAUAUGAUCAUAAGAAGAAACGAAAAAAAAAAAAAAAAAAAAAAAAAAAAAAAAUGGCUACCUCAACCGAAAUGAGGAUACAUAAUAAUGUGGAUCCUUCGGCCGCUCCCAUAAACAGUGAUCAAUAUAAAGGAAAUAUUUUUAACUUAAAUUCGGAUGAUGAAAAGAUUGAAGCGUAUGUUGAUAUGGCUCAUUCCAAGGCAACAACAGAAGUAGACAAUUAUGCGAAUUCUGGUGGCCACUCAGGCCAGAGCGGAAGAUCCAAGAUCAAAACGGAAGAAUCUGGUCGCAAACACGGGGGCCAUAUUAAGGAGGCAAGCAAUGACGGUAGUCGUUGUAGUAAGAGCCAGGAGAGUGAAAAUUCUAAAGGCAUAGGAAUACCCCCCAAGGUAGAUCAGUUAGGUCAUAACUUCAUAAAAGAGGGGGACCACCGAAGGAAUAACACAGACAAGGUAUCACACGUAGGAGAGUCAAGCGGUGAACAAAUUAACAGAAGCAAGAGCUGCAAAAAGGAGGGAAAACAAACACCUGAUGGUACGAUACGCAUGGACGAUGAACACGUGAGCGAUAGCAUUUAUUCUUAUCAUAAGAACAGAGGGGAUGGUGGUGCACAGAAUGUAACUUGCGAGGACACUGACAAUGAUGAGGCUACCGAGGCGCACAUGAACGACAGGAGCAGGGCCCUGCUACAGGAAAAUAUGAACAGCAUAAACAGUAUGAAUGUGAUGGGAUCUAACGAGAACGUGAGUGCGGAAGCAGAAAACGUAAUUGGGGUGUCAUCAAAGGUGGGGACCCCCAAUCUGAUGGUUUCAAACGAUCCAUCCGGCAACGCCCACAGCAGUGAACCCGCCAAUGACAGCAUCAUGAGCAGUAAUGUUCCCCUGGGAAGCGGGAGAAGCCAAGCGAACAGGAGGAGAAAAAACAGGAGAAGCAGAAUUAUCAAAAAGUGUGGUGGAGUGAAAGACAAGGAAGAACCCAUUCUGCCCUUUUAUGUCAUAUGCGACUAUCUAGAUUUUGUGGAGAGAAAAAUAUAUGUAAACAGAUUCAGAUUUAAAUUAUAUGAUCCCAUUUAUCAGCUUGGGAAAUAUAGGAAUUGUGCAGGAGUUGUUUUAAAAAGGAAUUUAAAAAAAAGUUGUUUGAAUUAUAUUGAUUCUAAUUUUAUAUUUUUAAAAAAGGAAUUAUGUAAAAUCGAUUUGGAUAUUGACAUAAGAUGUCCCACGAAACAGAUCUUUAAACAUGUCUGCUACCGAAUGAAUGUGGACCCUACACAUGUGCUGAUUUUUCCGUACCCGCCGUUAAAUAGCCCUAUAAAUUUUAACCCUUACAAUAUUGAUUCCUUUACCUCUAAUUCCGAUUCGGAUGGUGAAAAUUACCAAAAAAAUAGUAGCUCCACGUAUGGACCCAUGCCAUUUGAAACGCUAAUAAAACAACAUGCCAUAGCAUUAGAGCAUAACUCACUCACCGAACAGAAAACCUUUUGUUUGUCUCUUCUUCCAUUUCAUUACAAAUACUUCACGAGACUCUACCCGGAAGAUUCCCCCAAAUAUUUCCAUUAUGUAGUUCACUUGUUCAACGCGAAUGUACAGUCCGUUGCGGCAUUUACAGGCCAUAUUAAGCUUAAGAAAAGCCUACCUAAUAAAAAUAAAGAGGAAGAAAAUUCCUUCCAAGGGGAUCAAGACUCUAGCAGUGAGGCUUCAGGAUCGUCCAUGUCAGACAGGUCCAGUAGCACCAUGGGAAACAAACCCUAUUUCUCCAACAAUUACACAACGGUGCAAGAUUUAAUCGACAAAAUUAAAUUAGAAAUUAAUCCCUACCUGAAAAAAAGAGGAAUAGACGUGAAGCAAAAAUUUAGAUUGCUCUUUACCUUCGGCCCCAAGAUUAAAUAUCUGAACAAUGAUGAACAGCUCAUACAAAUGGAUUUUGUCAAAACGAACCAUAUCAAAAAUGUCUAUGUCACUCCGCUCAGGAUGGAGCCUGAUUUUACCGACGAGCAGAAGCAUUUGAUAGAAACGGAUCAGCUGAAGAUAAUUCACGUUUUCAACCAGACACCUUCGAAGGAAGUUUUCGGCUACAGUUUUGACGUUCUCGUUGAUCCAAAUGAUAACAUGCUGGAUAUCAAGAACAGGAUAAGGAAAAGGACCCUCCUGCCCAAGUACAUAUUCGACAAAAUCACAUUCUUCGAGUUUGAAAACGGACAGAGGAUUUGGAGGUCCAAUGACGACACGAUAAAUUGGAAGAACAAGCAGUUCGCCAUCAUUAUAGGAGAACACCAUGCCCCAUCCCAGUCGAAGCCUCAAAUGGGAAUGAAAAUAGCAUAA